GGAAGCGAAACAUCGGCACGACAAUAUGUAAGGAGGAUCCUUAAAUAAAAGCUGUUACGUCAGUUUGUGGGUUGGGUAAAUGAAUCAUGCGCAUUCGCUCUGAGAAUACUCACUCAGCCAGUUCAAACAGUUCAAAGAGCGUUCUAUUCUUUACGAUGUUUGCGUAGAAACGCGCGUUGUCGUCAUGGUUACUGCGUAACGCUUAAGUUUCACCCUAAGGCGCGCUUUUCACGGGCAUUGAUUUAACGACUCGUUUUGUUACAAAAUAAUGGAGGAGACACCUAGAGAGACAGCUGAUAAAGACGAAAUGGAGAUACACAUCCCUUCAUACCCCCUACCCCUGGAAAUACAGCAGAUGGAUCAUUCUGAGAAGGCCUGUCGUUACUGUGGCGUAAGUUAUUUGAUCCUCCAUGAGUUCCAGCGCCUGCAGGAGCAUUUGCGGGAAGUCGAGAAAGAGCUGGAGCAGGAGAGAGGAAGUGGGGAGAGAGAGAGAACCCUGAGAGAGGAGCUCCAAGAAGUCUACACUCAUCUGGAGGAGCUGAAAGCAUCUGUGCUUCAGCAGGAAGAAACCACGAGGGCCCUUGACCUGCAGCUGUGCGUGGUCACGCGUGAGAUGGAAAGCGUGAAGGCGGAGAAAAAAACAGCAAUUACAGAGCUGGAAAAUGAGCGCACUUGCCGCCUGCACCUUAGAUCAAGGUUUGUGCAGCAGCAGUGGCUUCUCAGGGAGGCUUUGGCACUGUUGCAUUCGUCUCAAGCGGAGAUGACGACUGUUAAGAACCAGUUUACUCACUUCCUGGAGACCUGGGAGAACAGCAAAGCACUGAUACAGCAGAGUUGCAUCAGUGCUGAUGCAGAGUGUGCUCGUCUGAAGCAGCAAGUGGUCAGCUUACAGGUGGAGCUGAAGAGGCUGCAGGUGGAGGUGCCAAACAUGAAGUCAUGUCUUGAUGCAGCAGAAGAACAGAUCCUGCAGUUGGAAAACCAGGUCCAGACCCAGAAACUACUGCAGAACCAAAACCAAGAAGCCCAGAUUCUCAUACAGGACCUGAGGGAGGAGGUGAGGACUCUGAAAAUAGAUCUCCAGAACAGCAUGCAUGAACAAGAGCAUGUAAAGAAACUCCUGGAAAUAAAGUCAGUGGAGAAGGAGGAUCUGCAAAUGUUGUGGAGUGAACAGACGGCCACCACUGAGAGGCUAUCCCGAGACCUGAGGGAGAAGGAGGAGAACUGGUUGUCAUGUCAACAACGAUGCAAGUCCAUGCAGGAGCAGCUGUCGGCGUGGCAACAGAAAGAGGAGGAGGUGACCCGGAGACUAGAAUGGGCAGAGGGCGAGAUGAAGGACCUACGAGUAACCCGAUCCACUUUACUCCAGGAGAGGGAGGAGCUGAAGAGAACUCAUGUGGGAGAAUUGGAGAAACUGGAGGAGAGCUUUAGAACGAGGCUGAAAGCUGCAGUGGAGCAGAGUUCAAAGAUGGAGGCUUUUCUCCAGCAGAAACAGGCUGAGCAAGACAAACAGCUGAAACAGCAAGAGAUGGAGUUAAGAAGAGAAGCUGACAUUGAACUGGACAUCCAAAGACAAAAAAACCAGGAGCUGUUUAACAAAUACCAGAGUGAAAAACAGCAACUACAAAACAAGAUUCCUGCUCUCAUUCAUUCAGCCGUGCAGGAGCUCCAUGAGGAGUUGGCAGUGCUGCAGGAGCGCAUUAAAGAGCAGGAGGAAGAGAUGAAGCAGUUUGGUGAGAGCGCCUCCCAGAGGCAGCAUCAGCUCCUGGAAGAGCGGAGGACAGGAGAGGCACAGCUGCAGUCGGCCCUGCAGGAGCUGCAGCAGAAGACACAGGAGUUGAACCAGGCUCAGAGUAACAUACAGCAGCUCAAAGAAGAGAGGGCCACCCUACAGGAAGAGAAGUCCUUUCUUGAAGAGACAGUUAGGCGUGAGUGUGAAGAGAGGGAAGAACUGAUUGCAGCACUGACCCUGACCAAAGAUCAACUACUGGAACUCAAACACUCCAAAACAAAACCAAAUGACACCCAGACACACACCCAGCUCUCCAGAGUCAGACCUACAGUGAAAAACCCGGAUCUCCCUUUCCCCAGACUCAAUCCCAGCCCUCCCAGCCAUCCUCAGACACGCAACCACAGCUCUUUGUCCACUCAGGGCACCAGGCAGCGUUUGUCUGAGUGGAAUUCUUGUAGUAUGAGUAGAAGUUCGACAUCCUGGCAUGGAUCAUCACUGCCAACACCCACCCUGCCCAAAAUCAGCAAAGAGAGAGUCACUUCAGUGAAUGACUUGUGCAAAAGCAUCACUAUGGUGAGGGGCAGACGGGACAAACUUUGAUUUGCACUAGAAAGUCCCCUACAUUGUGUACUUUGUGUAUUUCUAGGUCAGAGGUUACCAUAUAGUUGAAAUGAUAGCAACACCAAGGGAAAGGUGGUAAGUAGCUAAUUACAAAUAUUUUUUGUUACAGUACAUAAGUACUUUUUUCUACUUUCUUAUAUAUAAUUAAAUUGUGGUACUUUUACUUGAGUUGAAUAAAAAUAGUAUUCAACUUUGCUACUUUUAUUUUUCACCAAAAGUACAAAAUACAAAAAAAAGGUGCCAGUGGAGAAACAGGUUGAGCUGGCAGUUACAUUUAUUUUUCACUUAACAUCCAAAAUACUAAAAAAUAAAAAAUAAAAAAAGGUGACGAAACAUGACAAGCUUGCAUUUGACAGGUACUUUUCAGACUACUGGGGUGGAGCCCUGUGCUUCAGGCAAUAACAGACAUUUCUGACUUAGGUGCAACACCAACAAAAAUCUUCAAGUUCAGCUGGGGGACGGGGUGUUCAAACUCCACUUUGCUGUGACAGUCAAUCUCUGGCGCUGGCGUUCCUUUCUGGCUUGAGGGCUCAGCCACUGUAAAGGCAGCACCAAGCUCCAUAUAACUUCAUAAUCUUUCUCCUUUAUGAAGCUAUGAAGCCUACUCUCGCUCACAGAAGAAGGCAUGCUUUCCAUUGGAUGGUGCCAGGAUUGCCAUUUCCCAAAGCAUUCUGUGAGCAUGACAUCUUUUUUAUUACGAUGGAGAAGCUGUCUGUACUUCUUUUCCUUUCCGCCCCGAGCAAUGGAGGUUAAACCCCCAUGUCUAGCCUUUGGAAUGAAUAUUCGCAGCCUGUCUGUAAAGGGUUGUCCCACGCAGAUGUUGUGCUACACAAGUUUGGCUACCCUCCAGCAAACAAAGGCCCUAAGACUCGGGCUGCUAAUCAUGAAGGCUCAGGUCCCGGAAUCUCCUCCCACCUCCCCAAAAAGUCAUAAGCUGAAGCUGAAAAUGGCCUCACCGCUGACAGUGUUGCUUAAGAGAGGCUAUUUACAGAAUAGCCUCUCUUCUGCAGAGAAGUCUCACCAAGUCAUCACCAACUCACGUGAUGCAAGCAGGUCUACGAGCCCUUUUGACUGAUUUUGCCUGCUUGGAGUUCGGAGAGAUGUCUGUAGAAAGCAUUUACUAAAUCAACCCCAUCAAAUAAAAAUAAGAUGGAAAAUUAUUAUUCUUCAACAUUUCAUUUUAAUCCGUAAGUAUAUACAAUGUACUUAUUUUAUUGCUGCCAUAUAUAGUCUGUUCUCUUACACUAUAUGAGGAGCAGUGGCCAUUUUGAGAGAAAAACCACAAACACAGCUUUGCGAUGCCUUUCUUUGCACCGCAUGCUCUGUUUGUGAAACAAAACAGAUGAGCUGAAAUGAGAUGGCUGAGAGGCCUUGUUGCCAUGUCCAUCCUAAGCGAGUUGUUUCGACUAUCAUAUGGUCAGGUAUGCUAUGAUACCGCUUACACCAGUGUGUUGUUGAAGGGCUAUUCACUGACUUUCUGUACUUAAUAAUUUGAACAGAUAUAUCCAUUGCACACUAUAUGUUUUUCAUAAGGAUUAUGGGCUCCAGUUGGCGGCUGUUUGCCUCACUGAGUGGAUGGCAUUGUUUUUAUUUACUCACACUGCACUUCAUAUAAAGUACGUCCUCAAUGUGUGGGUACUGUGUUCCGCUCAUUGAGCUAAAUGUAUGUUGUUUAUGCACCAAUAUGUUGUUGCUGCUCUUAACUUCUGGCCUGUAAUGCCAUGACUUUCGUCUUGUUUUGAGUGACACUGAGAACACUGGUGCAGUUUUUGUUGACUGCCAGUUGGCUGGGCUCUGGCUCGCAACUGUCCACCUCUCUGGGUGACUAAUGUUCUUAUUUACUCACACAGUCCUCAUAUGCAGGCUUGCGUUGCUGUUUACUGUAAUCCAGUCGUGGGGCCGAUUGUAUGUUAUGUAUGAUUGUAUGUUGUUUAACAGGUUGUUGCUCCUUAUGUAUCGGAAUACCUGAAAAUCUUGAAACAUGGUUUAUUUCAAUCAUAAAUUUGUUCAGCUGUUGUUAUAGCAAAAACUGAAUGGUUUGACCUUAGCUUUGUGGAAUUCUGCUUCAAAAAAAUAUCAUGAAACAAAUACAACAGACAGGCUGAAUGAGAAUGCAAAUUCACUCUCUGACAGCAGGUGGUGCUUAUGGAACAGCAAUGAUACAGUGUUUCCUUGGUUACUGCU